AUGGCAACUCCUUCACGCAUGCCACCCCGUGGCAUCUCAACCCUCAACCUCAACAAGCCCGUCCGCCCAGGCAUCGAGCGCGCCCCCACAUCCACCAACCUCUCCCGCCCACUCCCCAUCCACCGCCUCCAAGGCAAAGUCAUCUUCAUCACCGGCGGCGGCGGCAAAAUCGGCGUCGAGAGCGCCGGCAGACUGCUCGUCGAAGGCGCCAACGUAGCCCUCAUCGACACCAACCAGCCCGCCCUCGAGGCCGCCGUGCCCGUUCUCAAAGCUGCUGUUUCCACGGGCGUGCCUCUCGAGUCACGGCUGCUUACGAUUGCAGCGGAUGCGACCAAGGAGGCCGACGUCGAGGCUUGCGUCAAGAAGACGGUGCAGCGGUUUGGCAAGCUAGAUGCUGCGUUGUUGAAUUGCUCGGAGAGGGAGGACAAUACGUCGUUGUUUGAGAUGAGCGAGGAGGACUGGGAUCGUAUUAUGCUCAUCAAUGCAAAGUCUGCCUUUCUCGGCGUAAAACACUGCGCGGCCGCCAUGCGCGCCUCGGGCGGCUCCAUCAUCCUGCGCUCCUCCAUCGCCGGUCUUCGCGGCAUGCCCGGCCUAAUCGCCUACUCGUCUUCGAAAUUCGCCCUUCGCGGCAUCGCCCUCACCGCCGCUGAGGAGCUGGGCCAAUACGGCAUUCGCGUCAACACCAUACACACGAGCAUCAUUGACACGCCAGGCUACAAAGAUGGCUGGGAUAAGGAGCAGUUGGAUGAGUUGAGGGAUGAGACAGCACUGGGCAGGUUUGGCGCUCCGGAUGAUGUGGCGAGUGUGGUGGCUUUUUUGGCGAGCGAAGAUAGCAAAUUUAUGACUGGCGGGCAUUUGAAGAUUGAUGGUGGAUGUGUUAGUGUUUGA